UAAUUUUCACCAUCAUCUCGGCUCUCGUGUCCCAAGGGAAAGCGGGCUGCCGAAUCGCCGCUCUUUCCCAAAGCGACGCCGCAGUGUUGUUGUGAGUAAAAGCUUCUGAACACGUGCGUGGCUCCAGGUACACAUUUUGAAUAGCAGCAAUGGUUCAUAUAGUUUUUAAUGAAGAAAUAGGCGCAACUAAUGAACCAAAGAAUAAAGGAUGGAAGAAAAAGCCCUUGCAGUUUGUAGAGCCCAAGGAAAUCAAAAGGAAAUCUGCCAUCGGUAAAAAAUCUUUCAACUACAAGGAAAAUCCCAUGAUGACUAAAUGUGAUGGAAUGUGGGUCAAGAAAGAAUUUGUUGAAGAAUAUGAUAAGCUGAAAUCAUCUCUUGAAGGACAACUCCUAGAACCAAAAGAAAAGAAGAUGAUGCUCCUAAAAGCCAGACGAAAAGCACAUAAGCAACUCAGAAUGGAACUGCUCAAGAAGGCAGAAAAGAAACCAAAGAAGCUUAAAGACGUCCAGAAGACAUCCAGCUCCCAGACUAAUAAGAAUCCCCAAGGUAAAACAAAGAAAGGGAAGAAGUCAAAAUCACAGGCAGAAGAAAAGGACUCGUCAGAACCAAAGCCCAAAAAAGCCAAGAAAAACAAGGCAGAAUUAACUACCGAUAAGGAGCUGUCUUCUCCUGAGGAGGAGAUAGAAGGGGAGAAGGCAGUGACAGAUAACAAAGAGAAAUCAAAAACACCCAAGAAGGAAAAAGGCAAGACCAAAAAGAGCAAGAUAGAGAAAAAGGAGAAAUCAUCAGGCAAAAGCACUGCACCAAAGGAUUCUUUCAUGUCAAUCAAGUUUGAAGAAAGUGACAUCAUGACCCAGUUUGAAGGGGUGUGGGUGAAAAAGGCAGCUAUUGAAGAGCUUGAAAGUGUAAAAAGAAAAAAUCUAGAAUCCAUUUUUGCCAGUCGAACAAAUGGGAACAAGUCAGAAGACCUUUCCAAGUCAGAAAAGAUAGUCUUUCACAAGUCCAUGCAGAAGAAGUUGAAAGUGGAGCAUCGUAGAUUAAAGAAUGAGCUAAAGAAGCAAGUGUAACAGGAACAAUAGUUGAAUUAGAUUAAAAAUUAGCUAUAUUUUUUUUUUCUCUGUUUUUUUUUUUUUUUUUUUUUUUGUGUGUGUGUGUGUGUGUGUGUGUGUGUGUGUGUGUGUGUGUGUGU